AUGGAUGCUCAACCUCCUUCAACCGUCGGUUCUCGAAGGGGAGUGCGGCUUCCCCCAAUCCAAACAGCAAACAGGAGCUCAACUGUCCGUGUUAAGCCCCCCCUCCCGGAGGAGCUUGAUAGCGAGGAGUCGGGAAAUCGAGUUCCUCUUCGUCCCAAACAGCACGGAUUCGCUAUAAGGAAAUGGUUUACGAGGUCAAAAUCGCAACCAUACAUCCCUGGUAGAGAUCCUCUGUUAUCCGCCACGAUAGCUCCUGAAGAACACGGUCUCCCCAGCCAUUCUUUAGGAUUAGCUUCACCACUUCAUAACGCGAAUGUCACUCCGAUAUCAGUCAAAUCAUCUACACCAUUCCCCAUUACCAAAGACGACAUAUCAGCCGCUGUUGGAGAGCCAGGAGCUUUAUCAGCAUGGGACCCUCCGCCUUUUUUUAUGGCGUACCCCAAGGCUGUGAAACAUGCCACCCUGCCGUGCCCUAUCCUGUCCACUGAUGAAAUACUGCGUCGUAAGAUGCGUCGAGACCUAAAGGCCAGCCACUCUCGCGACAAAACAAUGGAUGGUGAUAGCAAUAUGGAUGGACCUGGGCAUAAGGGUGUUAUUAAAUCGAAAACUUGGAAGAAAGGGAGAAAAUCGCAAUCCAGGAGCCAGUCUAGCUUCUCGUGCGGUCUCAAAUGGUCCCAGAAGAUAUUCAUAUUGGCGACAAGCGGGCAUCUACUUCAAUAUGGUAUCGACGGAAACUUUGAUCGACUCCCUGAGGAAGUACUUGCACUAGGAGGGGAUUCAGUUGCAUUUGCAUGCGAUGCAAUUCCUGGCAGACAUUGGGUUUUACAGAUCUCCCAGACUCAAGAUGAUGUUGAACCAAGCCUAGAGCCGAAGAAGACAAUAUUAGACCGGUUUAGGCGCACCAGCAAUGCAGAGCCACAGAAACCGACGAGCAGUUUCUUACUUAUCCUGGAUAGCGCUGAAGAACUGACGUCCUGGCUUACCUUCGUCCGGCGUGCAAUACAAACUCUUGGAGGCAAAGACUAUCCUCCUGAAACGCUUGGAGUCAAUCAGCUGCAACCUUCGCCAUUGACGUCCGAAACCGUCAAGGGAGUCGUUCGGAAAGGCAGCGUAGACCAGGCCUUGUCGUCUACACCAAGUGUAUGGGAUGACCAGGUAUCUGUACCUGGAUUGACCAGGCGCGAAAGCCAGAGAUAUGUGCAACCACCAGCUGAGAGAUCCUCCCCGUCGUCUUUGGCAAGCGUUGUGGAACUAGACAGCCUCAGGCGCAAUUCGAGACUAUCUUGCGUUUCCAUUGGAACUCGAACAAUGCCAAGUUCGCAAUCCUCGUCUUCAUCUGUUACAGUGAAGACUCCAACCCCAAAAAGCCCAUGUAGGGAAUCACCCGGAACCUCUCGCAGUCCUCGUCGGAUGGCAAGUACCGACUUGGGGUUUAGACGCAAGUCUUUUGUCAGGGCCUGUGGUAAUUUAGAGGAUCUUAUCACCGAGACACCGCUGCCACCGCUCCGCGCAGAAAGCCACCUUGUUUGCACUCCGAACUUCAGCCACCCGAUUGUCAACAAACGAAAUUCGAUAGCAAUGAGCCCCAAGACAAUAUCUUUCCCGGUUGAGAGUGGGCCAUGUCAAAGUCCUGUUUUACAUGUAAUUCCAGCUUCCGAGAUGUUCCAUGGGCCCAGUAUAGGGCCCAAUAUUGCCACAAAAAUUAAUUCCACUCAUGAAUCACCUCCGCGAAGAAGGGGAAGUGCUAGUAGUGAUCUACUUGAUUCUGAAGGGGCUUACAGUACCGCUGGAACUGAUAGUAGUGAGACACAAGAGCUGGAUGAUGAUAUACCCUCUUUAAUACCUAUUUCACCCCUUAGACGGACCCAUCAGACAAGAAGGUAUUCGUCCUCUGAUGGUAUGCAAAGUUUCAAUCGACCUAUCUCUGAAUACCGACCUGCCCUCUCUACUCUCAGGGAUGAACCGGUGGAUAUUCCCGGUCUAUCUUCAGGGUACAAUACAAUAAGCAACCCACGCAGUCGCCCAAGGCCGCAAAGCCUAGGCCCAAGGGCUUAUAGCGAACCUAGAAUCAAGGUUUGCCGGAAUUCCCGCCAUCCAAGCCCCAGCUCAGAGCUCAACCAAGACUCAAUUGGACGCCAGCGGUCUAAUACUGCAAAGUCUUGCAAUAGCAGGAGGUCAUCUUUGAACUCCCUCUCAAGCCGGAAAAGCAUGCCUCAAAUUCCACAUGGACCCCCUCCAGCUCCUCCGCCAACUUGCCCUCUACCAGAAGUGCCAUCGCUUGCUAUUCCCGAGGCAUUGCCUCCAUACGAGUCAAAACGACUGAGCAUUAUCGGCUGCCAAUGACUACCGCAAAAGAGCGCCGAUUAAUAUCUCGGCAGAUGAAUGAUAAUUACCUUCUGCACACAUACAGUCAUCUUGUUAAAAAUAAAACAAAAUGCAAAAGGAAGGGGAGAAAGGAACAAAAAGAAAAAGACGAUCCUAUUCAGAUUGUAAUGCAUACCUUUGCCGUCAUUUUUUCACAUUGCAUCCGUAUCCGUUUUAUUUUUCGAAAGCAUUGCAUUUCUUUCUCCUAUCGAGUCAUGGGUUCAACCCUGCUGGGUAUAUUCUUAUCAAGAAUUCUAUGCCAAUAUGCAACCCAUGAUACCCUCGAUGCGUUUAUCUUCCUCGGAAUUCAAGUGCGUGUCUCACCAACGCGCUAUUUGGAUUGGACAUAUAACUCCAUGCAUGUACCAUAUAACCCCAUAUAUUGAACUAUAUACCCUGAUGUCUACCAGUGUUCCAUCUGUACGCUACCUACGGGGGAAUGAUUCCGCUGAAAACUGCACACCGGGUACCCCGAGUCCAUUCUCUUACCUCUCUUUUUCGACUUUUAUAUCAGUUCAACCACAUCGAUAUCCAAUAUCGUCCAAGCAUCAUUUCAUUGCUUCCAUUUUCUUUUCUUUCCCUCAUUUAUUUUCUUAUUCUAUAUAGAUACAUUCUUUCUAUAUAUGUCUUUCAACCUCUUGU